UUGGCGCGCUGAAGUUCUUUUCGUAAUGGUUGCUUCACCGCAGCAGUGUGUGUGUGUGUGUGUGUGCGCGUUUUCAGAUAAGAAGACACAUGCUACAGCCCCCCCCACACACACAGUCACACACAAACAGAGGAAAGCCGAUGCGGAAGAGCAGUUGUGGAUCUGAGAGGAGACAACAUGACUGAAAGUGUGUUACUGUGUUUCCCCGAUCGGAUUUACCCCAGAAUCAGCUGAUCCGUUACUUCCUGAUUGCAGUAAAGCUCAGGAUGGAGGAUCUGUUGGGGAACGUCUCCGUCUCCAGCAGGGAUGAAUCUGGCGCUCCGACCGUCCCGCCUAGCAUGUCCAUCGACAAACUCCUCCCGGCCCUGCUCGAAUGUUUCGGGAUAAUUCUCUGCGGAUAUGUGGCGGGACGCACCAACAUCAUCCUGGCGACUCAAGCUAAAGGACUGGGCAGUUUUGUGUCCAAGUUUGCUCUUCCGGCUCUGCUUUUCAAAAACAUGGUGUUGCUGGACUUUGGGGACGUGAUCUGGCCCUUUUUCUUUAGUAUCCUGGUGGCCAAAGUGACCGUUUUCUUUUUCGUAUGUGUAUUAACGCUCUUGGUGGGGAAUCGAGAGAGCCGUUACUCCAAAGCUGGCCUGUUCCCCAUUUUUGCAACGCAGAGUAAUGACUUUGCUCUUGGAUUCCCUAUUGUGGAGGCGUUAUACCGCAGCACACACCCCGAGUACCUGCAGUACAUCUACCUGGUGGCUCCAGUCUCCCUCAUGGUCUUAAACCCACUGGGCUUCAUGUUCUGUGAGGUUCAGCGGAGGAAAAACGGAGAACCCAGCCAGCAGAGCAAACUGCACGUGCUGGGUCUGGUGGUCCUGCAGGUGUUCAAGAACCCCAUCGUCUUCAUGGUGAUGAUCGGGCUCGUGUCCCACUUCCUGCUGUGCCAAAAAAUCCCCGCCUUCAUGGAGCAGUUUGUAGAUGGUCUGGCCAACUCGUUUGGAGGUGCAGCGCUGUUUUAUUUGGGGCUGUCCAUGGUGGGCCAGCUGAAAAAACUGACCCGCACUACUGUUGUGGCACUGAUUCUUCUUAUUACAGCCAAACUGCUGAUGAUGCCUCUGAUCUGCAGAGGGAUGGUGGAAGUUUUGGACAAUACAAACAGAAGUACGCUGAACCACACCAGUCUGUCAAACUACGCCUUUCUGUACGGAGUCUUUCCCACCGCACCCAGUGUGGCCAUUUAUGCAGCUCAUUACAACAUGGAGCUGGAGGUGGUGACCUCAGGUAUGGUGGUCAGCACGUUUCUGUCCGCCCCCAUCAUGUACGUGUCUGCGUGGUUGUUGACCAUCCCGUGGAUGGAUUCAGCUCCGCUGGCCUCUGCUCUGCAGAACGUCAGCUUCGACAUCAGCAUUAUCAGCCUCUUCGCACUGGUGUGGAGUCUCACAGUCAUGAUACUGAGCCGAAAAUACCACAGGAUUCCUCAUAUUUUCACCAUAAACCUCUUUGUGGCGCAGCUAUUAGUGUGUGUUGGGAUGAUCGUGUGGAACUUCGUGGUGAAGCAGGACAGUUUUGUGGCGCAAGUCUUGAGCUUUACUCUGCUGUACGGCUCUCUCUACAGCACCUACAUCUGGCCUGGUCUCAUCGUCCUCUCUCUGCUCCUCAUGAGAAGUGAAGAGGUGAACUUUAGGCCGGGACUCACUGUGAUCACCGGCUGGGGUUUGCCUUUUUUGGCUGUGAGCGUCCUUCUCCUGUCAGGACACAGAAUGCCAGACACCAUCGACUCUGCCUUCUUUUAUGGAACCACACAGGUGAUGUGCACAUCGGUGGUGUUGUGUGUGAGUAUCGCGGUGUGUGGCGUCUCUCUCGCGCUGCUCAGCAGACGAACACAAGACUAUCAAAACCUUGUAUCUGGAUCAUUGUCCGGCAGUGAAGAAGAUUUGAGGAUUCCCUACAACGCACCAGUUCAGGGCUCCAUUGAGGAUACCUGCACUUUAGGCAGCACCAACACGGCAUGCCAGAUGUGCGAGUGUGCGUGCGCUCUUCCUCAGACCAGACCUGAUGUUACAAACACCAAAGAGGAAGUGUCCAUACAAACAGGUCAGUGUGGUCAGGAAUGUACAUCCACGCACUGUUUGCUGGUUGAAGAGGAGGAGAAGGAGACGGAGAGACAGAACACAGACAUUCAGUCAACAAGACAUGUGCUCAUGUGUCUGAUACUGACCGUCACUUCACUCGCUAAUCUGUGCAGUUGUCUAUGGUGGCUCUUUAAUAAAGAUCCGGGUCGUCUGUAUCUGGAGCUGCAGUUCUUCUGUGUUGUGGCCAAUUACGGACAGGGUCUUAUUUCAUUUGCCUUUUUUGGCCUCGACAAGCAUUUAAUCAUUUCUCCGUUCAAAAAGAGGCUGGAGAGUGUGUGGCAGUGGUGGGCUCAGUUGGUCUCGGGUUCAGAGGUGUCUGAGGAGAUCAGACUGACCUGCAAUCAGUUCCUCAAAUAUCAUAAGAAGCAGUGCAUUAAAGACAUCGUUCACAAGAAAAGGUGUGGAGAAAAGAGCAGCAUCCAGGCAUUUCUGGGCACUGAUAUGGUCGUGUGGCUGCAGAGUGUGGGAUUGGCCAGUGAUCAGGGGGAGGCGGUGCUGUACGGCUCACGGCUGCUGGAUGGAGGAGUUAUUCAGCACAUCACACAGCAACACGCCUUCGAGGACCAGACCCUGCACUACCGCUUCACAUAAACGCACACAUUUACACUCACAAACACUCACACACUCUCAAAAACACACACUUCAGCACAUUGGUAUAGGUGUAAUGUAUAUUAUACUGCAAAAACCACUUACUUUAUGGUGUUAUGGCCUAACACUACUGCUAACCUCAACCCUUAUAGGAAACCUGUGGCAAAAAGAGCCCAAGUAUGAAUUUUAAGCAAUUUGAAUUACGAAGACACAAGGCAUGUCCUCUUAAACCACAAUAUUAGAGUAAAAUUAGGUCAUACCUAACACUAGCCCUAACUCUCAUCGAAAAACAGACAAUUUUGAAUGUUAAAAAACCAUGUUAAGUGUGAUUUUGAAGAGUUUAGAAUUACGAAAACACAAGGCAUGUCCUCAUAAACCACCGUAAUAGUACAACUAAGUCAUACCAAAGUCAUUUAUAUAAAAACUGUCCUUGUAAACCACCAAAACCAGUACACACAACCACACAAUUUUAUAUAAAAACUGUCCUUGUAAACCACCAAAACCAGUACACACAACCACACAAUUAUAGCAUUCAGCCUCACAAACGCACACGCAAACACACUGGUAUUAAAGGUUUAUGAGGCCUAUCCAUAGACAUGUUUUAUACUGUAAAAAUCACUGAUUUCAUGGUGUUAUAGUCCAACACUAGCGCUAACCUCAACCCUCAUAAGAAACUGCCAAAUUUGAAUGUCAAAAGACCAUGUUUAGUGUGAUUUUGAAACAUUUUGAAUAACAAAGACACAAUGUCCUCAUAAACCACUGUAAUGGAGUAUAACUAGAUCAUACCCAUGUCAUAAUACUAAAUGGUUCUUGCAAACCACCAAAACCAGCUCACACAACCACACAAUUACAGCAUACAGCCACUCACAAACACACUCACACUCAAACACAUUGGUAUUGGAUGUUUAUGAAGCUUAUCCAUAGGCAUACUGUAUUUUAUACUGCAAAAAACACUUAUUUUAUGGUGUUAUGGCCUAACCCUAGCCCUAACCUCAACCCUCAUUGAAAAACAGACAAAUUUGAAUGUCAAAAAACCAUGUUGAGUAUGAUUUUGAAGCAUUUUGAAUUAUGAGGACACAAGGAAUGUCCUCAUAAACCACCAUAAUAGAGUACAACUAGGUCAUUCCCAUAUGAUUACACUAAAAUCUGUCCUCGCUAACCACCAAAACCAGCACACACACACACAAAAUUACAGCAUUCAGCCACUCACAAAUACACUCCUGCACACACACACAUACAAACACGCAUUUCCUCUCUCAAACACAUUGUUGUUGGUGGUUUACUGGGCCUCUUCAUAGGCGUAUUGUAUUUUAUACUGCAAAAUCAACUUAUUUUAUAGUGUUAUGGCCUAACACUAGCCCUAACCUCAACCCUUAUAAGAUACCCGUGCCAAAAUGUUAACGUCAAGAGACCCUGUUAAGUAUGGCUUAAAGUGCAUGUCCUCAUAAUCCAUCACAAAAGGAUAAAAGUAGGUUAUACCCAUGUUAUUAUACAAAAAUUGUCCUUGUAAACAGCACACACACAAUUACAGCAUUCAGCCAACAACAACAAGCACGUUUUUUUUUUUUUUAUUCAGCCCGUACUAAUGACAGUAAACUACCCGUUUCUACCACUGAGGGAAAAUGUAAAGGGAAAUUAUUACUAGUUUUUUUGUAUUGUGUAGUUCUGAGAGGGAAAAAAAAAGUCAAAACAGAAAGGAAUACACUUUGAAUUUAAAGAAAUAAAGGUGCAAAUCUGAGCAUAAA